CAGUCCCUUCCUUUCGUUAUAUCUGAUGCCCUUUGUCUCUGGUAAGAAUCCCAAGGCCACUACUAAACAGACCUCUCUUCGUGGUCUCGUUCCUCAGGUCUCAUCAACGGGGCUCGCUACAUCUUUGGUCUGGAUGGUCGCCGGCGCUACAGGAUCGAGGAGCUUGAAGAUGGGGAGUCGUACGUCGCUUCCUCCGACAGAAAAUUUGUGAACCUGGCAUACGGGCGACAGCGGCCAGACUGGAACCCCAACAUGAGCGAGGGUGGGCGCGCGGGGUCGCCGGUGGUGCGUGAGGUGACGAAGAAGAGUUCGGCGGAGAGCAACAAGUCGGCCAGCAGCAAACCCGGCUCGAGGGAGGGGCGCACCAUCAAGGUCAUCAACAACCUCGACCACUCCCAGGAGAGGACGGUGCUGGUGAACAUGAAAACAAUUAACCUGUGGGAGGAGGUGGUGAAGGACCUCGGGCGCAUGUUCAAGCUUACUGGACAGCUACAUCUCUUUACUACCUGGGGACAAGAGGUCAAGAGUUUCUCGCAAUUCAAGAACGACUUCGCCAACGUGGACACCUUCUACGUGAGCCUCAACGACUCUGGCAUGCCUCUCCGCCCGCCGCUUCCCAUCCCCAACGGCGGCUCGGUCACCCCACGCGCCCCUGAGCCAUCGGCAGGAGGGGGAGGAGUCAGGCGGCGCUCGCUCUCAGAGGAGGACGACAAGCGGGGACUAAGGUGAGGACAUAGAAAGGUGCACUGCGCUAACCUGAUACUUUUGACUCCCAGGGUGAAAGAGGAUACUUUGGACUGGACUAAUGGGAACUAAGGAGAAAGAAAAAGAGAGAGGACUAUUGAGAAAUAUGAA